AUGAAUCAUCAACAUCUCUCAAAAUUUGCUCAACCAUCAUCACUGAUGAGAGUGUUCAGUGCUGGUACUAGAAAAUGUAAAGGCUUUUCUCUUGUUCAAUCAUCUUCUUGGAUUAAUAAUAGGAAAUUCCAAUCAAAUAAUAUUAGACAAUUUUCAUCAACAAGUUUGAAUAGGAAUGAAAAACAAGCAAGACAAGAUUUGUAUUCCUAUGAAGUUUAUGCUCUUCCGACAGAAAGAGAUUAUGAUAGAAUGAUUCCGGAUAGUGUUGAAGAUAAACAAACUAUUGUUGAUUUGAAUAUGGACAUUAGAAAUGUAUUAAAUUAUGUUCUUUUCUUGGCUUGUGAUAAAUAUUCAGCAGAACGUUUAAAAGGAUAUCAAGAACAUAAAUUUAGUUUUGGAAAGGAUAGACUUGUUAGUAUUUUACAGUUAGCUCAUGAUGAUUCAACUAGUCAUUCAGGAAAAAAGCGAAGUUUAGAAAGUAUUCUGGAUAAGUCAACCACUGAUUAUAUUGAUAUUAUUGAUGCUGUAAAUUCUCACGUUCAAUAUAUUAAUAGAGAAUUGAACAGACUUGAUUUAAGUAUUUCAGAGGAAUACUAUUCUGGUUCACCAAAAAUUUCUGCAGAGGAAUCAAAUACUUCUCUUGCACAAUGUGAAAAGGAUAUUGAAAAAUUGAAUAGUGUUUUUAAUAAGAUGUAUUCUAUGGCUGAUGUUGAUCCAUUGGAUGAUGAUCUCAUUGAUAAUGAAGCAUAUCACCCAAUUGCAUUGUAUCUUAAGAAUAAGAUGAGAAUAGUUUCUGUUAAAAUGGACUUACAAAAGGACAAAGACAAGUUUAAGGAUAUUGAAUCAUUUCUCAAAAUGGAACAUGACAAGGAUGAAGUUUUGGCUAUGUGUAACAAAAUUCAAGAAAGAGCUCUCCUCUAUAUGUCAACUCUACAAUUGACAAAAGCCUAUUCUGACAUUACUCUAUGCACUCAUAUUACCAAACUAGUAGUUACAAAAGAUGAUACCAAGAAAGAUAUUUUAAUUACUAGAGGAUUAAUUACAUUACAAUCAUUAAUUUACAUGUACUCACUCUUGAAGGAAUAUGUUGUUAUCAUUAAUAGAAAAGUUGAUUUUGAUUUUACUACAGAAAAUCCAAAAGAUUUACAUCACUUUUUUGUUGAAAAUUUCAAGGUUGUUCAACCAGUUAUGUUUGACAAUCAAAUUGUUGAACUCGAUUCUCAACGUUUAGCUUCUCUAGUAGAUUUGAAAAAUAUUUCCCUUAAACUUGCUGUUUAUGCUUCUAAUCAACUUGAAAUGCUGAAAUAUGAUUUAGAUGGUAAGAAGUUUGAAUUUUUAGAUAAAUACCAGAAAGAUUUAGACCUCACCAUGAAAGUUCUCAAAUUCCAAGCAAUUUAUGUAGUCCUUAAAAAAGCUUUAUCAUUCACUCUUUGGGCAAUUGCUUCUAUUUGGCUCUUUAGAUUUAUUUCACGAAAGCUUGAAGGAGAACCACUAUUCAAAUAA